AUGUCUGUACAUAACAAAGUCGGAAAAAUGUUUUAUUUGUUUGCCUACGUCAACUUCCUGCCAAACGGCUACGAUGAGUGGCAGGCAGCCUACGACGACCUUGCGGCCUACGUAUGGAAGGAGGAAAAGAGUACGCAGACUUAUUAUUUCGGAAUCCCAUUUGACUACAAAGAUGACGUCUCGGCGACGGACGUGAUGUUUGCCUUCGAGGUAUACGAUAACAGAGAUGGUCUUUACAAAACUCACUUCACGUCCCCUGCCAUGGGCAAAUUCACCAAGAAAGCCUUGCCCGUUAUGUCCACCGGUUUCGACCUUGCCCACUACAGUGACAUUGGCGGUUUCCUCGAUGCUCCCGGCGACGGCCGACAAUGUGCCGUGAUGCAAGACAUCAGAAUCAUCUGCAAGUCCUCUGAAGCUAAGAGGAUAGCUGGAGAACGGUUGGCCAAAAUUGCCAAAAUCCUGGAGGGCGAAUCGGAUAAGGCCGGCGUACAGACAUGGAUGGCCUUUGAGAGCCUAGACAAUCACUUAGACCUUCGGAUCUUCGGUCGUUAUGAAAGUCAGGCGGCUUUGCAGAAGCUAAAUGCUCGCAAGGAGCUGGUUGACUUUUGGACGGCGAGCAGGGAGGACGACAUUAACAGAAUCGACCAGAGAAACUAUGUACCCAACGACAAGGGCUGGUUGCAUCGCUGA